AUGGGUCUUCUAUCCAUCAUCAGAAAACAAAAAUUAAAAGAACACGAACUCAGGGUGUUGGUUCUUGGUCUUGAUGGUGGUGGUAAGACCAGUGUUGUCACCAAAAUAUUGCACGAAGACACAUCCCAGAUCGCCCCAACUAUGGGAUUCAACAUCAGUACCAUCCAUCAUAGUAAUUUCACUCUCAAUGUAUGGGAUAUCGGUGGCCAAUCGACCAUCAGGGCCUUCUGGGAUAACUAUUUCAUGAACUGUGACUGUCUUGUAUGGUGUAUCGAUGCUAACUCGUUAGAAAGAUUGCAAGAAUCUUUUUCCGAAUUCAGAAAAUUAAUGGAUGAGGAAAGAUUGGUCGGCAGUGGGCUAUUAAUCUUGGUCAACAAAAUAGAUUUGGUACCCACUAAUGAAAUUGAGACAACCGUACAGUUGAUCAGAAAAACCUUGAAAAUUGAUGAAAUUACUAAUCAUAACGUGGGAAUUUUGCCAGUCAGUGCCAUCACUGGUAAAAACAUUGACAGAAUAUUGGAUUGGAUCGUCUCUGAGGCCAGCGAAAGAUUGUACAUUUUGUAA